CUUAUCUCUGAUCCACCUCGUCCACCGGGAGCAGUGUUGAUCCACGCUGUGUGUGCCAUCGCGUCCCUGGAAACGCGCUUCCUCUUACAUACCAGGAGCGAGUCCCUCUGGGUGAACCAAUAGACAAAAUGGGACCCUAUUAAUCAGCCUGCCGCCGCCUCAUGACUGGGACCAUGGAGGUGGUUGUGGAGAAACGGAAUGGCUUUGCGCACGGCGAACUGAUUCAGCACCAUGAAUGACAGGUAUCACAAGGCGGCCCGGGACGGCUACCUGGACCUGCUGAAGGAGGCGACGAGGAAGGAUCUGAACGCGCCGGACGAGGAUGGCAUGACACCGACUUUAUGGGCGGCCUACCACGGCAACCUGGAGGCUCUGCGGCUGAUUGUGGCCAGGGGAGGCAACCCAGACAAGUGUGACAUAUGGGGGAACACACCACUCCACUUGGCAGCUGCCAAUGGUCAUCUCGACUGCCUUUUCUUCCUGGUGUCUUUCGGUGCCAACAUAUGGUGCCUAGACAAUGACUACCACACACCCCUGGACAUGGCCGCCACGAAGAACCACAUGGACUGUGUCCGCUACUUGGAUUCCAUCGCUGCCAAGCAAACGGGGCUAAAUCCGAAACUGGUUGGUAAACUGAAGGACCGGGCAUUUCGUGAUGCUGAGCGACGGAUCAAAGAGUGUGCUAAGAUGCAGAAAAAGCACCGCAUACGUAUGGAGCGAAAGUUUCACAAAGAAACCUCUGAGGCUUCCGCUUCAGAUGUCAUGAGUUUCUCCAGUUACACUGGCAGCUCUGUUAGCCACAAGCUACGUAACUUUAGCACAGCCACUAUCAGUGUGCCAUAUUCUCAGGCAACUCUCCAUGCCACAAACCGAGGGAAGACAAAGAUUCAAAAGAAGCUGGAGAAGAGGAAGCAAGGAGAUGGAACUUUUAAAAUUUACGAAGAUGGAAGAAAGAGUGUGCGCUCCCUUUCUGGACUUCAGUUAGGUAAUGAUGUCAUGUUUGUCAAGCAGGGGACUUACAUCAACCCAAAAGACAGAGGGCGUCGAAAUGUUCGAGAUAUGUUCCCUAGAGACAAUGACGAUGCCAUUUCUCGUGCCAUGAGUGAGCCAGACCUUCUUGGACCAGAUAUGGACUACUCUGAGAUCAGCACCGACUCCGGACAUGAUUCCCUGUUUAACAGACCGGGUCUGGGCACCAUGGUCUUUAGAAGAAACUACGUAAGUGGAGGAAUGUUCAACCUCGGUGCUCGAGACACGACCCGCUCAGGUAAUAAUGUGCGUUUACGCAGUCGGUUGCAGCACUAUCCAAGUAUAGAUGAAGACAGCAUUGGAAGCGCACGCAGCCUGCAGGAAAGAAACAUGGAAGAGUUGCCUUGGGAAGAAGUUGAAUUAGGGUUAGAUGAUGACGAUGAGCCUGAUACAAGCCCUCUGGAGGUCUUCCUUGCCACACUAAGCAUGAGCGAGUUUUACUCCAUAUUCAAAAGAGAGAAGAUCGACUUAGAAGCUCUCCUGCUUUGCUCUGAUCAAGACCUUAAGAGCAUUCAUAUCCCGUUAGGGCCAAGAAAAAAGCUAUUGGAUGCCUGCCAGAGACGACUGGAGACCAUGGAGGACCCAGACUCCAUUGAAGACACCGAAUUGUAAUAGAAGCUGCUGAUAUUCAUUUUGCUGCAUUGUGGGACAUUAUGGAAUCAAUCUUCAUAUGGAGCAGGAAGAACUUAACAGUUUUUACUGGUGGAAAAGCAGACUGAAUACUGUCAUGGUUAAUAUGUCAACCUAAAGGAAAUGGGUGAGAUAAACUCUUAACAUGAUUCCUCCUUGUUGGCUUUGAAGGAUAACAGAAAGCAUCUUUCUUUGUUGAUUGGAUAGUCGGUGUUGAUUUCACAAACUAAAAGACAGUUUUCACUGGACAGCUUUUUUGCCAUGUCAUUGUAUACAAUGCUGCAUGCACUGAGAUAAUGGCUCUAAGAGAUAUUGUCCCCUGUGGGGUUAAUCCAACCACUUUAUGUGCCUGCAUUGUUUGUGCCUGUCCAUUUGCUUAACAAGGGCGAUGUUGAUAUGUUUAUAAAUACAUAGACACAAACCUAAAUCUAAGAUUAUAUCUAAUGUUAGACUAACCACUAUUUGAAGCAAUGCUUUAUUCACAUUGAAUUAUUUUAAACUCGGUAUAUGUUUACACACGGAAUGCCACGUUUGUCUAACUAUGCUUCAAAAGGUAAUGACGGGCCAAUUGUUUGUUGAGAUGACUGCUGUAAUUUACUGUAGUGAUAUGCAUUGUAUACCCCCUUUUCAAGUCUUCCAGCUGUUUUUACCUCAGUAUUUUUCAUUUACAUCUGAACAGUAACAUAUAUUAUUAUCUAUCUCAACAAAAAAAAAAGUUUAUUUCAUUGUAAAUAAAAUUGCUAGUCUUUUCAGAGUCCAA